AUGCCAGAGGCCGUCAACUUCACCACAGUCUCCUACAGGACCCAGCCGCUGGUACAGCUCUCCCCGGAGGGGGCGGGCAGUGCGGGGCAGCACAUGAUUCCGAAUGCACCCCAAAUGGCCCCGGGUGGUCGGUACCAGGAUCCGGAUCUGGAUGCGGAGCAAAGCCGGCGGAUCUCCCCCGAGGUGGACAUCCCCUGCGCGUCCCGGCCCAGCGGGGAGGCCUUCCUGGUCCCGUCGUCCUGCAAGAGCAUCUGCAAGAACUACAGCGACCUGCUCAUCGGCGGCGACCAGGUGCUGCCCCUCAGCGGCAGCGUCGGGGACCUGGUGGCCGGGUACAGCUCCGACUUCACCGACGGGCCCUUCCUGCAGUCCUGCGAGAUCCCCCCGGCUCUGGAGUCGCCCCACGGCUCCCUGGAGUGCCCCCAGCAGCCCCGCGGGGACUCGGCGCGCUGGAAGCGGGGCAGCGGCAGGGAGCGCAGCAUCCAGCUGCACGGCGGCCGGCCCCUCUCCAACUCGCAGCUCAACGAGUACCUGGAGCAGAAGCUGCUGGACCUGUACCGGCAGCACAUGGUGGACAGCAUGCUGCAGGAGGGCUCCCCCUCUGCCAUCCUGGCCUCCGAGCUCAUCCUCACCAGCGUGGACCAGAUCACGCAGCAGCUGUCGCGCGAGCAGAACCUGGAGGCUGCCCGGGCCAAGGACAUGGUCAUUAGCUGCCUGCUGCGCGUGGCCAGCGGCCUGCCCUCGGGCGAGAUCAGCACCCCCCAGCUCCAGAUCUCAGAGGACGUGAUGUGA